AAUAAUACCUGUUGAGAUGACAAUAUAGGGGAACAGUACACAUAUUUUUGUGAUUCUUGAUAUUGAAAACCUUUCAGUCCUCCAGUCAAAUUGAUUAUAACCAGGUUAGUUGUGUAUUAUAACUAUUAUUAGCAGUGAAAUUAAUUCUAACAAGCAUCUCUUCUGAAUAGAUUCAUCAAAUCACAUGAAUGGACACAGUUUAAUAAUAAGAGAUUACGUCUAUGCAAGAUACUAGUUUUAUACAGAGUAUUAUUAUGGUUUUCCUACCUGUGCUAUUCCUCCUCUGGGCUUGUCAUCCUUCAGAUGCUGCAGGUCGUCUAAGAGAUUUAAUCUUUGUAGAAAACAAAAUGAAUCUAAACACAGCUCGAGAUCACUGCAAGAGUCAUUUUACUGACCUUGUCACAGUUUACGACCAACAAGACAAUGCAGAAUUAACUCAAAAGGCCCGUCCUUCUGGUGCUUGGAUUGGUGCCUACACAAGUAACAGAACCAAUAAGUGGUCAAAUGGUGAUGAAGUCACAUUCAGCAAAUUAAAAGGGAAUUGUGGGGAAAUCUGUUGUGCUGCUAUGAAAGCUGAUGGAGAAUGGGAAUCUCUCCAAUACAAUACAACAAAAUACUUCAUGUGCUAUGAUCAAGAUGGUGAAGCAUCAUACAUCUACCAUUUAAUCAUUCAAAACAAAACCUGGUUUGACGCUCAGGCGUACUGUAGAAAGAAUCACAUUGAUUUAGUCACUAUCAGAGAUGAGACGGAGAAUAAUCAGGUGAAGGAAGCAGGACAAAUGAGUAACACUAGUUUCUGGAUUGGACUCCUGAGCGAUGACUUUGAAUGGUUUGAUGGAGGAAAGUCUGCUUUCAGAAUCUAUCCAUUAGAUAAAAGUUCAGUUACAGGAUAUGUGACAUUGCUCAGACACGGUCACUGGGCGAAACGAACACAUGAUAUUCAAUUCAACACUCUAUGUUACAAAAGCCACAUUCAUGUUAACACAGAUCAAAUGUCUUGGGAGAAAGCUCUGGAUUACUGCGAUAGUAAUGAGAAUACUUCUGGACUCCUGCGCAUCGAGUCUGAGGAUGAUCAGAUAGAAACGGAGCGAGAACUAAGGAGGAGGAAUAUUUCAUGGUCCAGUGUGGGUGGGGCUUAGACAGAGUCGACUCUUUGGAUUUUGGAUUUGGUCCAAUGGGCUUUAUGUGGGACCCUGGACCAACUGGAAAGGAGGAAGUCAACCAGAACAUCAGAUGUCCCACCACUGUGGUGCCAUAGAGAAGA